AUGUCCAGGCUGGCGGUGGUUUGCGGAGGCUCCAGGGGGAUUGGGGAGGCUGUGUCCCGCCUGCUGGCAGAGAGGGGCUGCAGGGUAGCGGUGGUCUCCAGGAACCAGGAGGCAGCUCAGGCUGCAGUGGCUUCACUACAUGGAGCUGACCACCAGGCCUUCAGCUGUGACGUCUCCAAGGAGCAGCAGGUGCAGGAAACCUUUGAAAGAAUCCAGAAGACGUGUGGAAACAUCUCCUACCUUGUGAACUCUGCAGGCAUCAACAGGGACGCUCUGCUGCUGAGGAUGAGGCCUGAAGACAUGGUGGCUGUGCUUCACACCAACCUGCUGGGCUCCAUGCUGACCUGCAGGGCUGCUUUGCGCAGCAUGCUGCGCACCCAGGGAGCAGCCAUUGUUAAUAUAGGCUCUGUAGUGGGCCUGAAAGGGAACGCUGGCCAGUGCGCGUACAGCGCCAGUAAAGCUGGUUUAGAAGGCUUCACUCGCUCGCUCGCCAAAGAAGUCGCUUCCCGCAACAUCAGGGUUAACCUGCUGGCUCCAGGUUUCAUCCACACCGACAUGACGGCGGGCCUGAGGGAGGAGGCCAGAGCGCGCUCCAUCCCUCUGGGGAGAUUUGGCACGCCGGAGGAGAUAGCCCAGGCCGCCCUCUUCCUGUUGGAGGCUUCCUACGUCACAGGACAGGUGCUGGUGGUCGACGGGGGACUGCAGCUGGCCAUGUAGGGCGGGGGUGGCAUCAGGCAUGGACAGCGAGGACCUUAUAGAUGCCUUUAGAUGGCCAUCCUGCUGAGUCACCGAGCGCAGCCGCAGUGUGUGUGUGUUAUGACUAACACUACUGACUCCAAGGUGUCUGGCCCCGUCCAGACCCCUGUGGCCCCCAGGGUCCUAAAUUUAAUCACCAGUUUUAACGCAGUGGCUCAUUUUCCAUGACUGUCAAACACUCGCCGCUGAUUCCAGAGCUCAUGUUUUGUUUUCCCCACCUCCCUCAGGAGACCCCCCCACCCCACCCAGCUCUGGUGGGGUCUGUCCGGGAACGGGGCCCAUCGAGCUGCAGCUGGAGGAAAUUAGAGGUGGGGGUGGUAUUUUUAGACUGGGGGAAUGUUUUUUUUUCUGCCUGGUUACAGAUUCGGACCUGCAGUGUGGACGGAUGUGAUUGGAGGUGACUGUCAUCAUGUCCAGCGAUAAGAUCUGAAAAGCUGCUAAGCUUGUGUUUCCUAUUUAAACAAGGUUAAAAAGUGCAGCAAUGAAUGAAGAAAUGUGGCUGUCUUCUCUCUGCAGCUUUCUGAGCUAUUUAUAAAAUACUUGCAGCACAAAAACUACUACUCUGCAACAUUUAAUAUGUAAUCCUUGUUAACUUUGAUGUUUAAUAGCAUUUUAGGACAUACUGUCAAAAUGUAGUGCAUGAAGAAAAUGAAAGGAAAGUUGUUUUUUUCCUUUCUAAAAUUUCGCUUCCUAUUCACAGCAGUAACUUGGUGGAGAAACUUUACCAUAAUUAGAGCUGCAAGUUCUUUGUUGUUCAUCUCAACCCAGUCUCAUGGGAAAAUGUACCCCCACUACGUUGGUCC